AUGGAUUCGUUGCAGAAUAAACGGUUUGAUAAGGUAAUUUACACUGUGUUUGAUUAUGGGGUAAAAAAAUUGAAGGGAAUUGAUUCUGAAAAUGGUUUGUCUCAGGAUAGAAAACCAUUUUCACACUGUGUUUGUGAUUCUGAAAAUGGUUUCACAAAGAUACCACUGAUUACCUGUGGCAUACAACAAGAAAAAGUUAAGGAGCUAAUAACUUGCCACAAUGAAAUCAAAGUAUUCAAGGCAACUGAAUCACUCAAGGAUAAGGCCAUGGAACAUUUGAGAAAUGAAGCUAGUAAACUUGAUGAGAGAUUUAGAGUUACAGAAGAUCAUCUUAAGCAAAAGAAUCUAGAAAUUAAGAAACUGAGAGAUGAAAAGAAAGAAGCAUUGGCUGCACAAUAUGCAGCAGAAGCAACACUUAGAAGGGUACAUGCAAAUCAAAAGAAUGAAGAUUAUGUUCCAAUAGAUAGUAGUUUCAUUGCUACGGGCGCAACGGCUAACAUUGUUCGCGAUUACCAAAGACAGAUUUCCGAAUUGCAAGAUGAGAAAAGAACACUGGAUAGGGAACUAGCAAGAGUAAAAGUUUCGGCUAAUAGGAUUGCAAAUGUCAUGACUAAUGAGUGGAAGGAUGAAAGUCAUAAGGUCAUGCCUCUUAGGCAAUGGAAAGAAGAGAAAAGAAUUAUGCAGGCAGAGAUGCAACGGUUGAAAGAUAAGCUAGCUAUAUCAGAGAGAAGAGCUAAGGCGGAGUCACAACAGAAGGAAAAACUAAAAGUGAGGCUAAAAGCACUUGAGGAAGGGGCGGGAGUAACAACUGUAAAGAUUAAUGGACUUAACAACAAGACGAUAGACUUGUCGUCUAAUGCGUGGACUUACAAGAUUGGAGUACAAGGAGAACAUCAAAGGUUACACCUGGUAGAUGGGUUGAAUAAUACGAAAUGGACAUCUACUUCAGAAGCACCAAAAGGCCAGGCACUGACAUGGUACAAGGCUACUGUGGAUGCCCCACCUGGGGAUGAACCAGUUGGGUUUUAA